AUGGAGAAGAAGAUCACUGAGAAGAUUGCGGCUCUGCCGCCAGAUGCAAACUACUUUUCUUUGGAGUUCUUCCCUCCGAAGACUCGGAUGGGUUUUGCAAACCUGUCCGCACGUCUGGAGCGAAUGGCUCAGGCCCUCCGCCCUCUGUUCGUUACGGUCACUUGGGGCGCCGGUGGAAGCACUGCGGCGCGAUCCCUCGAGCUGGCAGAAGUAUGCCAGCGCCAACUACAGCUGACGACCGUGUUGCACCUGACAUGUACGAACAUGAGCCGCAAGCUGGUAGAUAUGGCCUUGGAUGAGGCCAAGGCGCUUGGAAUCCGCAACAUUUUGGCGCUGCGAGGAGACCCGCCCCGCAGCGAGGAAUACAACAUGCAUGGAGAGGAUGAUAGCAACAAGGACUUCACCUUUGCUGUUGAUCUGGUGCGGUAUAUCCGCCAGACCCAUGGUGACUACUUCUGUGUUGGUGUUGCAGCGUAUCCAGAGGGCCAUCCUGCGGACUCGUUCCAGGAUGUUCAGGAUCCGGCUAAGGAUGUUCCUUACCUGGUCGAGAAGACGUUGGCUGGAGCGGAUUUCAUCAUGACCCAGCUGACCUACGACAUUGAUGCUUACCAGAAGUUUGAGGAUAUGCUCCGCAACCAUGAAUCGGGUGCCUUCAAGACCAUUCCCAUCAUUCCAGGCUUGAUGCCCAUCCACAGCUACAAGAUUCUGACCCGAGUGACAAAGCUCAGCCAUGUCACUAUUCCGCCCCCCAUUGCGAAGCGCAUGGAAGAACUGAAGAAUGACGACGACGCAGUCAAGCGCGCAGGUGUGGAUAUCGUCAGCGAGAUCGUCGGUGGUAUCAAAGACCUUCCUUGCCCAGGGCCGCGGGGAUUCCACUUCUACACCUUGAACUUGGAGAAGACAGUAUCUUUCAUUCUGGAACAGUCCGACUUGAUCCCAGCCCAUUCCGAAGCCGGAGAUUUUGCUAUCGAUGACGGUCCCGCGGCUAUUCCGCAUGAUCUCGCUGGACGUGCAUCACGAAGACGUCGUGCAUCCUCUAUCAACUCGCAACCCCACAACCGUGUCAUUGUCGACCAGCUCUCUGGCCACGAGUCAUCACAGAACUCUGUUCAUGAGGCCCGCGCAGAUAGUGCAGGCAUGCCCGCACAACCGCCGGACCGCAGCACUACUCUCCUCAUCUCAGAGGGUCUUGGUGCGCUUGGCAGAGAAGCCACAUGGGAUGACUUCCCCAACGGACGAUGGGGUGAUGCCCGCUCUCCUGCCUUCGGUGAGAUUGACGGUUAUGGACCCUCACUUCAUGUGACUGCCAACUCUGCCCGUCGACUCUGGGGCCACCCCGUCGACAAUAAGGAUAUGAGCACACUUUUCCGACGCCACGUCUCUGGAGAGCUACACAUGGUUCCAUGGUCAGAGGGCGGCGCCGAGGAAGAUGGCCAGGGCUUGAACGCUGAGACCGAGCUCAUUCGACCAGAGCUGCUGAAACUCAUCGAUGGCCGCGGCUGGUGGACUCUGGCCUCGCAACCCGCAGUGAACGGCGUACACAACGAUCACCCGAUCUUCGGCUGGGGUCCGCAACGAGAGGGCUUUGUGUUCCAAAAGCCGUUUGUUGAGUUCUUCUGUUCGAGCAACGAUUACACCAACAUCCUCAAGCCGAUGUUCGCAAAGCACGGUCACGACAAGCUGACCUGGUUCGCGACGAACAUCAAGGGCGACUUCGAAUCCUCGCUUCCCAUCCAACCCGCUGACGUGGGACUUGAUGACCUCGGCUCUAACCCCGAGAGCGUCAAUGCCGUUACAUGGGGUGUCUUCCGUGGCAAGGAAAUCGUCACUCCGACCAUUAUCGAGGAGGUCAGUUUCCGCGCUUGGGGCGAAGAGGCUUUCCGAAUCUGGGAUGAAUGGCGUCGCAUCUACCCCCGCGGAUCGCCUACUGAAACCUACCUCGACACCACCAAGAACGACUCGUGGCUUGUCUGUGUCGUCGGUCAGCAGUUUGGCGCCGGCACUAAGCAGGGCUCUAAGGAAGAAGAGGACGAGGUCAAGUGGAUGUGGCGAGUCUUGGCUGGUGAGGAGGAAUAA